AUGAAUAAGGACGAAAAUGAGAAGUUCGACAUAAUGGUUGGUGAACCAAAAGAAGAGGUUGAAUUAGGAAAGAACUUUGAAGUUAAAUUUUGUUUAUAUUUAUACGACAAAAACGAAGAACCAAUGAAACAAGCUAGUAGAGUAAACGAUGGCACAAAGGCUACACUUAAAGCACUUAUCACCAAAAAUGGUAAUGAGUUUCCGGACAAAACUAGCGAAUUUACUUAUCACCUAGGAGAAAUAGGGAAUUAUCGACACACCCCGGAGGGAAAAUAUAUAAUUACAGCAAACUCCCAAGAAGAAAAAAAGCUUCUAAACCGUGUUAACAAUAUUAAUGGAAAAUUGAUUGUCGAACGCUUUGGGGACAAAAUUGGUGGUGAUGGUCAAUCGCUAGAAGAGAGUGACGAUAUAAAGUUCAAAAUAGAAAGUGAUGAAGCAGCUGGACGAGGAAUUCGAGUUGAUAUUUAUAACUGCCCAAAUAAUAGUCCAAUCACUGCCGGACAAAAGCCUAUCCAAAGAAUUGCCGGUGAAAGAAUCCAAAUUGACCUAAUUUGA